AUGCCUACCACGAAUAUCUCCAUAAGCCUCAUCAACUAUCUCUCCAAGAUAAAAAACCGAGAUGCUCCCAUGCAUAUCUGGAAAUACCGACCUGGAAAUGACGGCGAGGCGGUGACCGUUGAGCAAGCCCAGAAGCGCCUGAGAGAGCACACGGCGGAUCAGCCCCCCCUCAUCAUCACCGGCCUCCCCCGAACUAUGAUAUAUACCAACAUCGACGACGCGUCCGUGUGGCAUUCUACGGACAAGUUUUACAACGCCGCAGCGCCCACCGUGACUUUCAGCGACAACUGCAUGGGGCAGGCGGGUACCAGUUUGGAAACGCACUCGACGGUGGACGAAUCCACGCUGUCAGUCAUCUCGGGCCUGAUAUCGGUCAAAGCCGUCAAUAACGACGACGAGAAAUGGGAGAGCCAGGUCCUCGGCCCAGAGACGCCGUUCAUCGUUCUCGAAAAGGACCUCGGAUUCAAGAUCGUCUGCCUGGAGGACUCUGUUAUGACUUUCGGCCAUCGCGAAAAGCCCCAACCAUCGACGCGAAAAAAUCGACGCCGGAAGGCCAACCAGCCGGAUAAAUGAUGAAACGGUCGUGGCAGGUUGGACGGCUUGGCCAUCGGCACGGAAGCGACCGGAAUCUAGAGGUGACUUGGAUGUGAAAAAAAAAGUAAGGGCACAAGGUACCCUACUAAUGAGC